CUCCCUGUCCCGGUUCUAUAAAUAAACCCGGAUCUGUGUUGGUUGCAAAGGCCCAUCACCUGCAUCGUUCCAAGCGCAGCUCAAUCUUUGCCUCGUCAGGUUUUGCUCAUUGGCGUCUCCAUGGAUAGGCUCCUCGCCUGCCUCCUUGGCUUCCUGUUGAUCGCUUCAGUAGGAAGCCAUGCCGCUCGGACUCCGGAGCAAUACUGGAAAUCAGCUCUUCCCAACUCUCCCAUCCCGAGCUCGCUCUCUCAGCUUCUCAGCACUGCAGGCGGAGGCACGUCGGUGAACGUCGGCGGGGGCGGCGUCCAUGUCGACGCGGGGCACGGCAAGCCCGGCGGCACAACCGUUGAUGUAGGCAAGGGUGGCGUCGGCGUGAACGUGAAGCCUGGUUACGGCAAGCCCGGCGGCACCACGGUCGGCGUCGGGAAGGGCGGCGUGGGAGUCAACGUCAAGCCUGGCUAUGGCAAGCCCGGAGGCACCAGCGUCGGCGUCGGGAAAGGAGGCGUGGGCGUGAACGUGCAGCCUGGGUACGGCAAGCCCGGCGGCACCACCGUCGGCGUCGGUAAGGGCGGCGUCGGCGUGAACGUGCAGCCAGGCUACGGCAAGCCCGGGGGCACCACCGUCGGCGUCGGGAAGGGCGGCGUCGGCGUCAACGUGAAGCCCCGGGGCAAGCCUGUCCACGUCAACGUCGCACCUUUCAUCUACAACUACGCCGCAACGGAGACGCAGCUGCACGACGACCCCAACGUGGCGCUCUUCUUCUUGGAGAAGGACCUCCACCCCGGGAAGACGAUGGCCGUACAUUUCACGGCCACCACCGCCGGAGAGAAGUUCCUCCCCAGGAGCGAGGCCGACGCCAUGCCGUUCUCCUCCGAGAAGGUCCCGGAGAUCCUCAGCCGCUUCUCCGUGAAGCCGGGCUCCGUCGAGGCGGCGGAGAUGGCGCAGACGCUGCGCGACUGCGAGGCGCCGCCGGCGCAGGGCGAGAGGAAGGCGUGCGCCACGUCGCUCGAGUCCAUGGUCGACUUCGCCACGUCGAGCCUCGGGACCAGCCACGUGAGGGCCGCGUCGACCGUGGUCGGGAAGGAAGGGUCGCCGGAGCAGGAGUACACCGUGACGGCGGUGAAGCGCGCGGCGGCCGGCGGCGACCAGGACCAGCUCGUCGCCUGCCACGCGGAGCCGUACGCGUACGCCGUGUUCGCGUGCCACCUGACGCGGGCGACGCGGGCGUACGCGGUGUCGAUGGCCGGCAGGGACGGCACGGGCGUGGAGGCCGUCGCGGUGUGCCACGCCGACACGGCCGGGUGGAACCCGAAGCACGUCGCGUUCCAGGUGCUCAAGGUGAAGCCAGGCACGGUGCCGGUCUGCCACUUCCUGCCGCAGGACCACGUCGUCUGGACACGCAGCGGCUAGCUGAUGAUCGGCUGCCAAUCUUGGCGCCUGAUCGAGUUGGUUGCUUAUGCUCUAGAAUCUAGCUAGGCUCCAUGCAGAUGCUAUACUGUAUGGUGUCUUACUAUCUUACAUAUUUGUAUGCACGCAAUUUGGUUCUUUGUUAUUUGGAUGGUGUUGCCAGCAUCGCCAGCCUGCUAGUAGAUGAUACGGGUGGGCUUGCUGUUUGAUGUAUAGUUUUAGUAUGCGGGUGCAAUAAACAGACAAGUAUUUACUUAUC